UGAAGCUCUCCCAGCUCAAAUAUUGAGAUCCGCCAUCACGCAACGCCCUCCCCUCGGGAGUUGCCGGCCUGGACAGUCUCCAGCCAUGUCCUUCAUACACAGCGGCACCCCUCGCGCGCUGGCCAGGCUAUCAUCGGCCCCGUCCUUUGUCUGCCGCCAAUGCCUCCGCCAGCAGACGCCGCCGCCGCCGGUGCGCCUCGCCGCCCUGGCCCGGAGCUUCGCCUCGGCGAGGACGGCCUCUGCAACGGCGCCGCGGACCCCGCUGCGAGCCAGCUGGCCCCUGGGCGGGAGCAAGGCGUUUAGCAGCGCCGCGCCCGAGGCGGCGGCAACCGCUUCGGCCUCGGGGAGCGGCGCCGGCUCAUCGUCGUCGUCGUCCUUCCCCGAGACCAACUCGAAAGCUGUGGGCGUCUGGCUCAUCGGCAGCGUCGCCAGCGUGUUCGGCAUCGUCGUCUUUGGCGGCCUGACGCGGCUCACCGAGUCCGGCCUGAGCAUCACCGAGUGGCGGCCCGUGACGGGCUCGCUGCCGCCGCGCAGCGACGACGACUGGGAGUCCGAGUUCGCAAAGUACCGCGCCUCGCCCGAGUUCGCCGUGCUCAACUCGCGCAUGACGCUCGACGAGUUCAAGAAGAUCUACUACAUGGAGUGGACGCACCGGCUCUGGGGCCGCGUCAUCGGCCUCACCUUUGUCCUGCCGGCCGCCUACUUCGUCGCGCGCCGCCGGGUCACCCGCCGCAUGGCGUUCAACUUGGCCGGCAUCAGCGCCCUCAUCGGCCUCCAGGGCUUCAUCGGCUGGUGGAUGGUCAAGUCGGGCCUGCGAGACGACCUCUUCGCCCCGGGCUCCCACCCGCGCGUGUCGCAGUACCGCCUGGCCGCCCACCUGGGCACCGCCUUCGUCUGCUACUCGUGGAUGCUGCUCUCGGGCCUCUCGGCCCUGCGCGCCCGCCGCCUCGUCGCCGACCCGGCCGCCGCCGCCGCCCUGGUCGAGCGGCUGCGCAGCCCGGCUCUCAGACACUUCUCGCGCUCCGCCCACGCCGUCACCGCCCUCGUCUUCGUCACGGCCAUGUCGGGCGCCCUGGUCGCCGGGCUCGACGCCGGCCUCAUCUACAACGAGUUCCCCAUGAUGGGCACCGGCCUGGCCCCGGCCUGGCCCGAGCUGUUCGACGCCUUCUACAGCCGCCGCGACGACGGCUCGGACCUGUGGUGGCGCAAUGCCCUCGAGAACCCGAGCCUCGUCCAGCUCGAGCACCGCGCCCUGGCCGUCACCACCUUUUGCGCCGUCGUCGCCCUCUUCGCCUACUCGCGCUCCCGCCGCGUCGCCGCCGCCCUGCCCCCCGACGUCCGCAAGGGCGCCAUGGGCGUCCUGCACCUGGCCGUCGCCCAGGUCGCCUUGGGCAUCAGCACCCUCGUCUACAUGGUCCCAACUCACCUCGCCGCCACCCACCAGGCCGGCGCCCUGGCCCUGCUGACGGGCUCCCUGGUGCUGCUGCACCGCCUGCGCAUCUCAAAGUCCACCGCCCUGCUGAUCCAGAGGCGCCUCCUGCAGGCCUCCAAGGGCCCUGCUCCCCUGCCCGCGAAGCGGUUUUGAGCGCCCGGGGCCCAGGGGCUUGAUGUAAUGAAUCUUUGGCGGGGACUGUAAACCAAAACACAGGAUUCCGGUCUAUACCCAGGGGCUAGAGAAAAUCCGGAGUCUGUACAUUAUACGUUUCUAAAAUCCCCAUUCAUACCUACAUCAGGCGAACCCCAACGCGUGAAAUCCUAAACUCCUUUUUUUCCUCACAGUUUGCUUGUUACACUUGUUCUCAUUCUGCUUCUAGCCAGCUACAAGGUACAUCCACCUUUAGGUUGGACUUGACUUUAGACGUGAAAUCGCCUCGUUGCUUUACGACUUGGAUGUUCACCACACAAAGCCCAAGCUUGAUAUUUUUUCUUCCUUUUUUUCAUAUUUUUGUCCGCUUACUUGUGGGCUGAACAUGACCAUAGUGUUAGCAGCAAUCCUAUAAUCUUCCAACCUC